CCCUGUGAGCUUUUGUACCUUGCUGGAGGUGGAAACAAGGAGGUGGAGGAGAGCAACAUGAAGUCUGAUGAGUUGUCAUUGGUAUUUAUACUGCUGUUUUCUCUGAACGCCUGGUUGGUUAAUGGCCAACCUCCGGGAAAGCCAGAAAUAACAAGAUGUCGGUCUCCUGAAAAAGAAACAUUUACUUGCUGGUGGAAGCCCAGUUCCGAUGGAGGUCUCCCCACGAAUUACACUCUGUUCUAUAACAAAGAAAGGGAGGAAUCCUACCAUGAAUGCCCAGACUACAUAACAGGAGGGCCCAAUUCCUGUUAUUUCAAUCAAAAGCAUACUUCAAUCUGGACAAUAUACAACGUGACUGUAAAAGCAACAAAUGCAUUGGGCAGUAACAUCUCCACACCUCACUAUGUGGAUGUGGCUUAUAUAGUUGAACCAAACCCUCCAGUAAACCUGACUCUGGAAUGGGUGGAUCAAGCCUAUUCAAACUAUCUGCUGCUGAAGUGGGCUGCGCCACCACAGGCGGAUGUGAGAUCUGGCUGGUUGACCCUUGAGUACGAGCUGCGUAUAAAGCCAGAAGGAGGAGCAGAGUGGGAAAAUAUAUUUGUUGGGCUGGGAACCAAAUAUCAGUUGUUUAAAUUAAAUUCAGGCAUAAAGUACGUUGCACAAGUUCGCUGCCGAUCAGACCGUGGAGAAUGGAGUCGAUGGACUCCUGAAAGUUAUGUUCAGGUCCCAAAAGAGUUCAAGAUGAAGGACAUAAUUGUUUGGAUCUUUGUGGCCUUUUUAUCAUUUGUCAUAUGUUUGAUCAUGAUCUGGACAAUGGCCUUAAAAGGAUUUAACAUGGUUGCCUGUAUUCUCCCACCAGUUCCAGGACCAAAGAUACCUGGCUUUGAUGUCCAUCUGUUAAAGGCAGGGAAAGCGGACGACAUCCUGAGCGCUCUGGGUUGCCCGGUUUUCCCUCUGACAACCGAUUCUGGUGACGACUUGGAGAAAUGGCUGGUGAUAGACAAUGAAGACCUGCAGCUGGUACCGAGUAAGGAGAAGGGUCAUCCCAAUAAAAACGCAAAGUUGGCACACAAGGAAAUAGACAAUGACUCGGGGAGAGGAAGCUGUGAGAGCCCUUCUCUGCUGCUGGAGAAGUUCAAGGAACAUGGAAAUCUGCUCUUGGAUCUGAAAUCACCGGAUGCCAACGAGCUGAAAGAAAUCGCCACUGGGAAAUGCGUUGGGGAAGCUCCAGCUAGAGACCUUGAAGGCCAGUUUUCCCUUUCCAGCAGUGGUGGUCCAAAGGCAUCCACAUGGCCUGGAUCUCAGCUAGCCAGUAGUCCGUUCCCUAAGUGUUCCUAUCAUGAUAUUGUGGAUGCAUGCAAAAUAGCCCUCGGCGCUAUGCACUUAAACAGGUCGUCCAUUCUAAUGGGGAACAAGGAACAAUGUCAUUCAGAAUGUCCUAAAACCAUCAGCGAAGGAACAACCACCAUGUUGCAGGAGGCAGAAAAAUUGCCUUUAAAUGUUCAGGGUGACCCAGGGUCACCGUGGUCCCUUCCGACAGAGCAGUUGCCUUUUUUGCCCACCAAGUCGAUGGAUUAUGUAGAAGUCCACAAAGUCAAUCAUAACGGAGCUUUGGCUGUCGUACCAAAACAGAAAGGAUAUGUGGACAAAACUGAAAGCUGUCCGUCCCCUGGAGAUCCCAAGGAAUACACCAAGGUCUCCACCGUUGUAGCCAACCACAUUCUCGUGUUAAUGCCGGAUCCCAAAGCAGAGGCUCUGCCUUCCUUUCAGGAACCACCAGUGGAACCCUACUGGAGCUGUCAAUCAAGCCUGGCAGAGAAAAACACAAGCUAUUGUCUCCCAGCCCCAAGUGCUUGCAAAGUACAGACUGCUGAGUUAGACUACAUGGACCCAAAUAAGUUUAUGUGUUCCUUUAAUUAGUUGAAAGGCGAAGAGUCCUUUUUCAGGUAACAACACUACAAAUAAAAUCAACCUCUGUUGACACAAAGGGUGAUAACAGAUGGGCAGUUUAAGCCGCCCUGGGGACGGGAGGCAGGCAGACCAAAAAAGUUCAUCCACAUGCACACAUCUGCCUCCCGUCCCUGUCCCACCUGCAGCCCGCCUGGGGCUGGGUUGAAUUUAGGUGAUGCCUAAAUUCCAAGGUGGCUUCAAGGUGCUUCCCGGCCUUCCAGACGGCCAGGAAGCAGCUGGGAGGCGCACGAGUACUCUGGAAGGUCCUCCAGAACACAUGCAGCCUGUCCCUCUUGCAGGGGCAGGCCGCGUGCCAUCUGGAGGCUUCCGGUUUGCCCCUUUUCCUGCUGACUGUUUUUGGGGCGGCUACAUGCCGCCCUGAGCCGGCGGUCUGUAAUCACCCAAAGUAGCUCAAAUAUCUGAAUUUGGCUCAGUUGCAGCUGUCACACCUUUGUAUAUUCAAGUCAGUUAAAGACCUGCUGAUUGCAGAUCAAAUGAUUAUUGUUAUUUUUCUAGCUGAGAUUUUGUAGAGGGAUUUCAGGGAAGAAGGGGGGAGGAGAAUGGCUCUACAGCAAACAAAAAGCACAUGGUACAGUUUUCUAAAGGAAAAACACCCAUUUCUAAUAGAUCGUAUUAUUAAGAAGGAUUUGUGCACUGUAAAUCCUGUAUAAAGUGUUGCUAAGUUAAGAGGUGGCGGUAGUUUUUAGAAAGCGCUAUAGAAAGUGCAGUCAUGUUUCUGGACCUGCCACAAUGAUACCCAACCUGGCAAGUGUGUCACAACGCAAUUAUUAAAUUCACGACAGUGACCACUACAACAACCAGGGGUGGAAUUCUAGCAGGAGCUCCUUUGCAUAUUAGGCCACACCCCCUGAUGUAGCCAAUCCGCCAAGAGCUUUUGAGCCUCUCUUUUGUAAGCUCUUGGAGGAUUGGAUACAUCAGGUGGCUUAAUAUGCAAAGGAGCUCCUAAUAGAAUUCCACCUCUGAUGACAGCCCACGAGCAACCAAAUCAGCAUAUUGGGGGGGGGGGCUGCUGGGAGCCACGGAGCCGGUCAUAGUAGGCAGAAUCAGAGGUCCCGCUCCAUGCCCUUACUCAGCUCAGCAACACCACAGUCCUGGUAACCCAGGUCUCUCGUGGCCGCUUUGCCACAGGCUGUCCACGCUUCUGUUGUUUCUUGAAUAAAACUAGCCAAAUAUAAUCAGAGUCAACAUACAAGAAACCCUUGGUAGGAAAACACAACGGUAAUGAAUUGCACAAUCUCCCUGUAGUUAUUCACACUGUUUCUUUGACAUGAUGCUAGUGAGAAAUGGCAAAUUCCUUUCAUGGUCUGCAAUAUAUUUUUUAACGUAUUUUAAAAGCUCGCAGUUUAUUUCGAUUAUAUUUUUUCUAGGUUUCCCCCCCCCCUCCCCAAAGAAAGCCUAGUUUUAUGGAUGUUGAAAGAUUUGAUAUAUAUACAGAAUAUAUAAAUAUAUAUAUAAAGAUUAAUAUAUUGAAAGUAUUCCUUACCAGGAAGUAAAAUUUCUAUACACGUUUUUCUGUUUUCAUUAUAGUGUGAUAAAUUAUUGUACAUUCUCUUUGCUAUGUAGGCUCCUUGAACGAAAAAUUUCAAAUGAAUCCCAUAGACAUCAGUGGAAUUUCUUAGAAGUAGGUGGUUUUAGGAUUCCAGCACAUGGAGGAGAGGGAAUCUAGCU